AUGGACGCGCAGCCCCGGAGCAGUUACAAAGGGCCGGAGCGAGGCCGCCGCGGCGGCGGGAGGUGGGGCGAGGCAGGGCUUGCUCAGGCGAGGCGGCGGCCGGGCCGGACCGGGCCACAGGCGGUGGCGGCGGGACCAUGGAGGCGGCGGCCGCUGCUCCGCGUCCCCGGCUGCUCCUCCUCGUGCUGGCGGCGGCGGCGACGCUGGCCCCGGGGGCGACGGAUGCAGAUUUCAGAAGUGAGAGUGUGGGAAAAUGUGCAUCAUAGAAUGGAGGAAGCUGUAGCUGCUGGUAGAUAUUGGGGCCUGGAAGCAAAAGGUGACCAAGCAUUACAGUGUUUCUGCCACCUUUGUACAAAAGACAAUUUUACUUGUGUGACAGAUGGGCUCUGCUUUGUCUCUGUCACAGAGACCACAGACAAAGUUAUACACAAUAGCAUGUGUAUAGCUGAAAUUGACCUAAUUCCCCGAGACAGGCCGUUUGUGUGUGCACCGUCUUCAAAAACCGGCUCUGUCACUACAACAUAUUGCUGCAAUCAGGACCACUGCAAUAAAAUAGAACUCCCGACUGUUGGCCCUUUUUCAGGAAAGCCAUCAUCUGGCCUUGGUCCCGUCGAAUUGGCAGCUGUCAUUGCUGGACCAGUCUGCUUCGUCUGCAUCUCACUCAUGUUAAUGGUUUAUAUCUGCCAUAAUCGUACUGUCAUUCACCAUCGAGUGCCAAACGAAGAGGAUCCUUCCUUAGAUCGUCCUUUUAUUUCAGAGGGCACUACGUUGAAAGAUUUAAUUUAUGAUAUGACAACAUCGGGUUCUGGAUCAGGUUUACCAUUGCUCGUUCAGAGAACAAUUGCAAGAACUAUUGUGUUACAAGAAAGUAUUGGCAAAGGUCGAUUUGGAGAAGUUUGGCGGGGAAAAUGGCGAGGAGAAGAAGUUGCUGUCAAAAUAUUCUCCUCUAGAGAAGAACGCUCGUGGUUCCGUGAGGCCGAGAUUUAUCAGACUGUAAUGUUACGCCAUGAAAACAUCUUGGGAUUUAUAGCGGCAGACAAUAAAGACAACGGUACAUGGACUCAGCUCUGGUUGGUGUCAGAUUAUCAUGAGCAUGGAUCCCUUUUUGAUUAUUUGAACAGAUACACAGUGACCGUGGAAGGAAUGAUAAAACUCGCUUUGUCCACAGCAAGUGGACUUGCCCAUCUUCACAUGGAGAUUGUUGGUACCCAAGGGAAACCAGCCAUUGCUCAUAGAGAUUUGAAGUCCAAGAAUAUCUUAGUAAAGAAGAAUGGAACUUGCUGCAUUGCAGACUUAGGACUGGCAGUAAGACACGAUUCAGCCACAGAUACGAUUGAUAUUGCUCCAAACCACAGAGUGGGAACAAAAAGGUACAUGGCCCCCGAAGUUCUAGAUGAUUCCAUAAACAUGAAACACUUUGAAUCCUUCAAACGUGCUGACAUCUAUGCAAUGGGCUUAGUAUUCUGGGAAAUAGCUCGACGAUGUUCCAUUGGUGGAAUUCAUGAAGAUUACCAGCUGCCUUAUUAUGAUCUUGUACCUUCUGAUCCAUCAGUUGAAGAAAUGAGAAAAGUUGUUUGUGAACAGAAGUUAAGGCCAAAUAUUCCAAACAGAUGGCAGAGUUGUGAAGCCUUGAGAGUAAUGGCUAAAAUUAUGAGAGAAUGUUGGUAUGCCAACGGAGCUGCUAGACUUACAGCUUUGAGGAUUAAGAAAACAUUGUCACAACUCAGUCAACAGGAAGGCAUCAAAAUGUAGUUCUGCGGCUUCGCCUGAACUCUGCUUUUCUUCAGAUCUGCUCCUGGGUUUUAAUUUGGGAGGUCAGCUGUUCUACCUCACUGAGAGGGAAUAGAAGGAUAUUGCUUCCUUUUGCGACAGUGUAAUAAGGUCAAUGAGAAACUCCCCAGGAUUUCUUUGGACCCAGGAAACAGCCAUGUGGGUCCUUUCUCUGCACUAUGAACACUUCUUUCCCAGGACAGUUACAAAGUGUUGUGUAGUCUACCUUUAUUUUUUAUUAACACAAAACUUGGUUGUUGUUUUGUUUUUUUAAAGAUGAUUGCUGAUCUUAACUUUAGGUUAACUCUGCUGUGCUGAAGAUCAUCUUUAAGGGUAAAGGAGCUGGAUUGUUGAGUUACACGAAACAUUUCUUAUUUUUCAAGAAAGUGAUUUUAUUCCUGGUUAGUACAUUCUCAGAGGAUUCUGAACCACUAAAGAGUUUCCUUGAUUCAGACUUUGAAUGUACUGGUCUAUAAUUUUCAGGAUCUUAAAACUAACACUUAUAAAACUCUUAUCUUGAGUCUAAAAAUGACCUCAUAUAGUAGUGAGGAACAUAAUUUAUGCAAUUGUAUUUUGUAUACUAUUACUGUUCUUUCACAUAUUCAGAACAUUACAUGCCUUCAAAAUGGGAUUGUACUAUACCAGUAAGUGCCGCUUCUGUGUCUUUCUAAUGGAGAUGAAUAGAAUUGCUUAAAGUCUGUGUGUCUUAAAACCUGUAGUAUUUUAAUUCAAGAAGUUUAUUUAUCUGGGUAGCCCAGACUUUCUCUGUCUAGUUUUUUGGAGGAAUUUUUGUAGUAUGUCAUUUGGUAGUCCAUUUUGAAAAUGCCUUUCUCCUACCAAAAUGUGCUUAAACCACUAAAGAAAUGAAGUGGCAUUAAUUGGUAAAUGUUAUCACGGUCAUAUUUGAAUAUUCUCACUUCAAGCUUUUGCAUUUAAAUUGUGUUGUCUAAGUAUACCUUAAGUCAAGUGGCACUCUAGAUGCUUAUAGUACUUUAAUAAUUUAAAACUUGUAGCCUACAGACUAAUUUUUCUAAAAGGGAAAAUUUGUCUAGCUGCUUGUGAAAAGUUGUGUGGCAUUCUGUAAGCCAUUUUUUUCUUUAUCUGAUCAAAGACAGUGUUAUUUUUUUAAGAAAUGAAUUACAUUUAAAAUUAGGAUAUGGUUGAUGUUAAAUAAUAGGUUUUUUUCUAGGAAGGUAAAGGUAAUUAAUAAUUUGAAUAGCUAACAGGUGUGCAAGAGAGUCACAUUCGUCAUGUCGGAGUCAGUGUUCAGUGGGCUUUCUGUCUUUGUAACUAAGGUCAGAGUUUGUGUGGUUCUGGAGUCUUACUACCCUUUGAAGAAGGCAGCUUCUAAUUCAGUCUUUCCCUCCGUGUGCGCAUACUGUGCACAAGUGCUUAAUCUCCAUGGUUAUGUAACGAGUUCAGUACACCCUUGAUUUUUGGGAGUGGUAGCUAAAGAACAUUCUGAGUAUAGGUUCUCCAUUUACAGAUGUUUUUAGUCAAAUUAAAUGUCUCAAGCAAACUUGUCGUGGUCUUCACAUUAACUUGAAACUAACUUACAAUAACUGGUUUUUACUUCCAGUGCUAAAAGCCCUUUAGGGCUUUUAUAAUUUUCAGAGUUCUCUUUAUCACUGUGAUCUUAUUCUGACGGGAGAGAAAAAACUAUCAGAGCAAUGAGGCAAGACAUUGACUUUAUACUGCUAUCAGUUUCUAAAUGAAAGGGUCAGAAUAACCUUUACAGUAUUUUGGUCAGUAAGAGAUAGUGGCCAUUUACACUGACUGGGCUGCAUUCUGAUAAUGUCUUAUCUCUUAUACAUAGAAUAAAUUUGAAAGACUAUUUGGUCUUAAAGCCAAAGUAAUUUUAGAAUGAAUGACAUAUACAUAGGAAUUUAGUGUCAAUUUCAUGUGUUUAAAAACAUCAUGGGGAAAAUGUGCUUAGAGGUUAAUAUUUUGACUCCAAAUCUGAGUUUUUUCUGUAGUUGCCAUGAUUUUAAUUUUGUCAAAGCAAAUGAAUGAGUUUGAGGGGUUUGUUUUUAUAGAUAUGUUAGAUUUCCUGUUUAAUAAACUCUAGCUCUGUGAUUAUAAGUACCUUUUUUUUUUUUUUUUUUUUUUUUUUUUUUUGGCCAUUUCUAAGCCUACCAGAUCUGCUUUAUGAAAUCCAGGGGACCAAUGCUAAAACUAUUUUUAUAUAAUUUUAAGAACAUACCAAAAGUUCUUGUCUGAUUUGAAAUUGUGAUACAUAAUUUCUCACUUUCCUAUAAGGUAAUCAACUUUUACUGAAGAUGAUCUUUAUUGAAUCAAAGAUUGAGUUGCAGUUAUACUGUUCUUGCCUAAGUGAAUAAAAUGUACUUUUGGGGAGUCAGGGAAUUUUUUUUUAAAGUUGGAGUUUAGUUCUAAACUGGGUUUAUUAUUGCAGCAAAUUCCUUUUUUGGCUAAUGAGUUUGAUAAACCCCAUUUGGCUAAUACUGGAAACGGAAGUCACUUAAAAGAUGAAAUAGAUCCUGAUUGCUAAGGCCAUAACUGCAGAUAAGUUUGACUAGGGUGUUAAUUUUGUCACUCAGAAACACAAGCCUUUGUUUAUGCUGCCUGUCUUCAGACGUUCACCUUCCAAGAUUAAACUUGGCUUAAAAUGUACCUUCAGACCAGUUACCUGUCCACGUCCAUUUUGUCAGUACCCUGGAGGACUGGGGAUGAGGGAGGUACGACCCAGUGGGGCACAGGUGUCCCUGGUCCUUCCUUUAUAACUUCAGCUUAGUUUUCUCAACCGGCCUUCCUGCUCAGAGACCAUUGCCUUGCCGCCACCAUGCCCUGCCCAUAUCCCCUCAGCAGCCUUUUGACUGAAUAGCUGCUUUUGGUAUCUAAAUGGUUGAUGGAAACGUAGGACGUGCUUCCAUUUCUUCGAGUCAUGGGGUGUUGCUGGGAGGGCUCUCCCAAGUUUGGAGAUUGGGUGGGUGAUGGCCCUGCUGGCUGCCUUGGUGUGACUUCAGUUAUGGCCAGGGAGUGGGAAGGCAGCAAGGUGGCAGUAUGGCAAUAGGAGUUGUGCCAGAAGCAGUGGCCGAUCCUACCCGCUGUGGGACAGGGUAAGGUCUGAAGAAGGGAGCCUGUGAUUCUGCUGUAAUGUUAAUGCUCAAGAAGUGCCUCGAGUCAGUGCACAGUGCCAUGGCCAUCAAGAUUUCCAAAUUUCAGUUCUCUUUACAACAUUUAGUGAUCAGCUCAUGCGUGAGCUACCUUCUGUUCCCCCUCUACAUCGUGAACUGUCCCACUUAGACUGUUUUGUGAAACAAGAUGGCCUAUUGCCAAUUAAAAUGCAGAACAAAAUCAGUAUCCCAGUAGACCUGUCAUAUCAAGAGUUUAUUUUUAUCCUUGCACUGAAAGAGUGAUUAUAAGUCAACUGUUUCUUUUUGUUUCUUGACUGUGGCAGUGUUCUGGCUCCAAAUGAUGGAAUUUCCAAACAGUGGUUCUGUUACAGCUUGGCAGGAAAUGCCAAUUCAGAUAUUUUUGAGAUCCUAAAGAAUAGGUCUGGACAUGUAAUCUGUAGCUUCUUGAGUGUGAUUAAGAACGCUGAAAUACCCACGGGCCCCUUCUGGCAGUGCUGGGAUUCUAAGUCAUUCUGAGGAUUGUCAGUACAUUCAAGCUUUUCCACACCAUUAUGCAAUCUUACUUGUAAUUGUAAACUUCUAAGAAUGUGGUUAAUAAUAUUCAACCUGUUUCUUAAAACUUAAAAAGAACUUAAGUGAAUUUGUUUUUAUUUUUUAACAAGAUUUAUGAAUUGAAUAUCGUGAACCGUGUUUUGAUAUCCCUUUUUCACCUUGUGCCAAUGGAAUGGGGUGUUUGAUAUUUCUUUCUAUGUCAAGGAGAUGCUUCAAAAUGUCAAUUGCUUUAAACUUAAAUUACCUCUCAAGAGACCAAGGUACAUUUACCUCAUUGUAUAUAUAAUGUUUAAUAUUUGUCAGAGCAUUCUCCAGGUUUGCAGUUUUAUUUCUAUAAAGUAUGAGUGUUAUGUUGCUAAAUUACUCAAAUGGUACUGUAUUGUUUAUAUUUGUACCCCAAAUAACAUCUUCUAUACUCUCUGUUUUCUGUAUUUUAUUGUAUUCGUGCAAAAUUCUUUUGGCUUUUACCAGUGUAACCUCUGCCCUUUCGGAUGUGUACAGAAAAUGUCCAUGUAAAUUUUCAUUUAAGUUGAAUGAUUUUGAGAAACCUAUAAAGAGGAAAGAAAAACAAAGACGACAGUUCCCCAGAAGUUUUUAAAAAUUGUAUAUUGUAUUUGUAGUAAUAUUCUGAAUGAGCUGUAAAUAGGAAGUAGAAGAGCGAUGCUUAUGUCGGGUCCUAACACUACAGUAGAGAAGUGGAAGCAAUGCAAAUAAAUGACUUUUUUUUCCCAA